AUGGCAACUCGUGCUCGUGUAAACUCCGCCCUGCGUGCGCAGCACAUGCCGCCGCACCUACGCCAUCUGGAGGGCAAAUUCAAGAACUCGCGCGACCAGAACUUGUCCUACUUGGCGCUGUUCCCUCCUGCCAACGCACCCCUUCGUGCCGUCGUGGUGUACCUGCACGGCAUUGGCGACCACAGCCGCCGCUACUUCUACCUCUACGAGCAGCUGUGCAAUGCCGGCUUCGGAGUGUUUGCCUACGACCUGUUGAGCCACGGAGCCAGCGACUCGGACCAUCACGGACUGAGGGCACACAGUGCCAAGUUUCACUAUUUCGUUGAUGACACAAACGAGUUCAUCAAGAUGGCAAAAACGGAAUUGUACCCAAAAUUAUCCAUUUCGACGGGUAAUGAACCCAAAAUGAUCCUGUCCGGCAUGUCUUAUGGCACACUGGUGAGUCUGCACACCAUUUUGAGCGGCAAACACGACUUCAGCGGCGUGGUGCUUGUCGCCCCCGCUUUGUUGGUUGAGAUGACGGCCAUGCUGAGAUUGCAGGCGGUGUUUGCGAGGCCUCUGAGCAAAUUGGUGCCAAAGGCAAGAAUUGUGCCGGCUGUCAAUGCGGAUUUUCUGUGUCGUGAUCAGGAUUAUCUGGAUGAUUUCAAGGCUGACCCGCUGACUGUUGCCGAGCCAGUGACAGCGAGAAUGGGAGCCGAAUCGCUGAAGGCCAUGAAGGCGCUGGAGGCUGAUAAGAGAGUCGAGGACAAGGACAGCGACCUGUGCAAGUUGCCGAUCUUGAUGAUGAUGGGAUCGAACGACAAGGUGACGAGUUUGGAGCUGGCGCAAUUGUUCUACGAUCGACUGGCGUCGAGUGAUAAGGAGUUUAAGGUCUUUGACGAAUACUUCCACGCGCUAUUUGAUGACCCGGAGCGUGACGCGGUGUUUGCGCACCUGGACAACUGGCUCAAGACUCGAUUCCCGCUUCCGGAAGGAGCUAAGACUGACAAGAUUGAGGAGAAUGAGGAGACGAAGGUGGAAGCUUCUCCGUCUGGGGUCACGACGGAGCCGAAGGCUGAUGUUGUUGUGGUUGAGGACGUGAAGGUGGAGACUACCGAAACUUCCAAGGACACUACCGUGACCGAGGAGAUUCAUGUGGCGACUGCGAUCCAAGCCAAGGAAACGGAGACGAAGACGGAGGACGCGCAGGUCCGUGAGAAAACUACGUCCUCGAAGGAGUGA